GCGCUGACGCCCCACAUGGCCCCCGCGCACCAGCACAGCGGCCCCCUGCACCAGUCCCUGGCACCGGUGCCAGCCCUGUCCUUCCAGGAYGUGGCGGGACCCUCCUUCCUACCUCAGGCGCUACACCAGCAAUACCUCCUCCAGCAGCAGCUCCUCGAGGCCCAGCACCGCCGCCUCAUGCCCCAUCCCAGGCGAGUUCAAGAGCGCAUCUCUGUCCAGACUCACCGCUUGCACCCCAGCUUCGACUUCAGCCACCAACUGCAAACCCCGCAGCCCAUGGGGCCCCAGCCCAGGUACCUAGCCGAAGGCACCGACUGGGACCUCAGUGUCGACGCGGGCCUGGCUCAUGCCCAGUUCCAGGUCCGACCGGUCCCACAGCCCUACCAGCAUUACCUGGCCACUCCGCGGAUACACCACUUCGCCAGGAGCACGUCCUCGGCACAGAUGGUUGUUCACGAAAUCAGAAAUUACCCUUAUCCUCAGCUUCAGCUACUUGCUCUUCAGGGCCUGAACCCAAGCAGGCACACGUCUGCCGUGCGGGAAAGCUAUGAAGAGCUGCUGCAGCUGGAGGACAGGCUGGGCAGUGUGAGCCGGGGCGCCGUGCAGAACACCAUCGAGAGGUUCACCUUCCCACACAAGUACAAGAAGAGAAGACCGCAGGAGGGCAAAGCUGAGCAAGAGGAUGGCGAGGAGUCAGACACUGACGAGAAGUGCACAAUCUGUCUGUCCAUGCUGGAAGAUGGAGAAGACGUGAGGCGUUUACCGUGUAUGCAUCUCUUCCACCAAGUAUGCGUGGAUCAGUGGUUGGCCACCAGCAAGAAGUGCCCGAUCUGCAGGGUGGACAUUGAAACACAGCUCGGCUCGGACAGCUGAAAGAACCGKCCGGAUGCGCCAUUUUUCCUUAUCAGGUCGUAUGGCCAUCAACCCUUGCAGCAAAAUUUUGCCUUCUGAGCCAUUUGAUUGAGAGGAGGAGUCUGCAGGCACGUUAGCGAGAAGGAGGAAUUGGCGGUCCGAUAUCUAGGGGUAGGAGCUAUUGCACGUACAGGAUCCUGGCCCAGUGAAAGGGAGCUGGCGUUCCCGGCGCUCGCAGAUCCCGUGCUGCAGAAGAUUUAGUCUUGAACAUGAAGGAACUAGCUGUGGUAGUCUGGCCUGUCAAUCCUGCAUUUCAUGAGGAUUGUAUAUAUACCUCUCGAUUAAGUAGAAACAUGUUAGGGGUUCUUUAGCUAUUUCUAUGGAUGGCAGCUGGAGCAUGUUAGCUUAAGAAAUGUUGUGUUUGAUGCCCUACUCAUCUUGUGGUGGACAUGUUGCUGUUACCUAAUUUGCACCAAAUAUUUUUUCAUAGAUUCCUUAUUUUGGUGCCUGAUUAAUAAUACAUUGCAGAGGGGGAAUAGAGAGGUCGAACUUUCCCACCCUCAGGGGGGAAGAGGCGAAAAA